UACCAUGUGCAAUAGGCCUAUAAUAGGCCUAUUAUAGAUGUUGGACCAAAUGUGCUACGCAGUUUAAGUCCGGGUUAAGUUGAGCUUACCAUAUUUUCCUUUCCAUAACUUGGAGUUUAAAUUUUCUGAACGUUCUGACCAAAGUACAUCCACCUGCCGAAAACGAAGAACAUUUGGUUUGCUGACCUGCCCCAUGUUUUCUUUCAUAACAGCUGGCUGCCCCACUGAGCUGUCAAAACAUCGCUAUCCCGAUAUACAAAACACUUGCACGUGCGAAGUCAAUUCCUCAAUACAAAUCGCGCUCCUGCUGGUCAGCCGAUUACCGUUCCGCGCAGCUUCAACCCAAUUUCCUUUCUAUAACAUGAUGAGUACCGACGACGUCGAGGACCAACCUAAAGUCCCUAGCUUGAAAGACCAGAGGUUAGGAUUAUGCGAGGCAUGCAAUGCGUGUGCCGCUCAAUACACUUGCCCACGUUGCGAGGUUAAAACUUGCAGCUUAGCGUGCUUGAAUCUGCACAAACAAGAGCUGAAAUGUGAUGGAAUUAGAGACCGCACAAAGUACAUUCCGUUGGUGAAAAUGACUAGAGUGGAUCUCAUGAAUGAUUACUACUUCUUGGAAGAAUGCACCAAAUUCGUGCAGGAUCGCAAACGGGAUCACAGAAAGCGGUUUACGUGUAUCAACAAAUAUCUACCGAACCAUUUGGCCCGACUUCAGCGCGCGGCUUCGACUCGUGGAACAUGUUUGAGGUUUAUGUUGCAACAUUUCAGCAAACGUCAGAAGAACACCACCUAUCUUGAUUUCAAAAGUGGAAAAAUUAUGUGGCGCAUCGAGUGGUGUUUCCCAGAUGGUAGUGAGACUUUGGCCUUUGUAGAUGAAAACGUGAGCGAAGAUUGCAAACUGCACGACAUUGUAGAUAAAUAUUUGCAACCAGCGGGGAAAUCAAACAUCCCGGGAGCAACCAAACUUGUCUACUACCAAGCGCGAGGAAUUUCGGCGGUCUCGUUGCUGCUCAAAGCAGAAGGAAUUAAGCAAUGUCGGGACCGCACGAUACAGCUUAAUAUCAACGAUACCCUUCACGAAGCUUUACGGGGAAAAACUGUGGUGGAAUUUCCAACGAUUUACGUCGUGUUUACCGACCAUUUAGAUCAAUACGAUGUCGUCGAUAGUGAAGCCGAUAUGGAGGUGGAAAUGCAACAAUACAAUCGCUUCUUACGCGACAGCCAAACACAAACGGGCCGUUGUUCGAAUCUAGGAAACAUAGAGGGUCGGCUAGACAAAAUGAAAAUAGAACAGCUAAAUCAACCGACUGAGAAUGAUGGGGAUGAACUACACGACACAUCUUGUAAUUACCUUUUUAGCGAUGAAUCAUAUCUGAACCAAUUGUCAGAAUCAGAUGGAGAGUCAUCGAACGAGAACGAAUCAACUAUGCCAAAAAAACCUAAAUCAGAAUCUUUCAACUCUGGUGGUGAUGAAAAUAUUAACACCACGUCAAGCUAAUUGCAUGGUUUGAUGACCUGUUUGCAAAUCAGUAUCUUACGUUUUGGUUAUUUGCUGCAAUGGUUACAUGUAAAUAGUAUGCAAUAUAUAACAUGAAGUUAAAAGAAAUAAGUGAAAAUAUAAUAGAAGUCUAUAUAACCGCA